AGAAAUCCCCGAAACCUACGACUCGGUUGGUGUCGCUACUCAAAACAGCAUUGAACACAACUUUGUUGAGCCUUUGAUUGUUUCAGACUUGUUUCUCGCAAGAAAAUGGCAACAAGUGCCGUGGAUUCUCAGAGUCCUUCACAGCAGCCAUCUUGGUCAGGAUCCAAGAAGCAUGGCCGCAAAAGAAAGCAUCGAAACCAUACGAAUGCAGGUGCCCUGGAUUCAGAUGGCAGUGACAACUCUUUGACUGAAGAUUUGGAUCAAAUAGGCAAAUUGAACCUCAACUAUUUCAACUUGAAUCUCGCAUCAUAUCUUAACAAAGGAGCAGCCCUACCCACCACAUCAAAUAUGCUGCAUCAUCCUCAUAAGGAUGCGAGGGAUCUGGAUUCAGAUGCCAGUGAAAACUCCUUGACCGAAGAUUUGGAUAAAAUUGGUAGGUUGAACCUCAAUUAUUUAAACUUGAAUCUUGGUUCAUACCUCAACAGGGAAGCAUUCUUAACCACAAUACCAGAUAUGCCAAACCUACCUAACUUGCCCACAUUCGAGUUGGGUAGGAUCCAGGAAUUUUCUAAGGAAUUCUCAACCUAUGUGACCAGCUACAUUCGAGCUGCGAAACCCAAAGAAGAUAAUGAGAAUCCAGAAGGGGAUUAUCAGCGUUUGAUCAGUUCUAUUAAGACUUCAAUUUCUACGAGGAUCCAGAUGAAUAAUUUCUUGAAUGAUUUGGAUCUAGGUCUUAGUAUUACUGCUGCUGUAGAAAGACUCCAACCACUUACUGAUAUCAUCAAUGAAACGAUAUCUUUGCCAGUCGAGGACACGAGUGACUACGACGAUGACUAUGACCAGACAGAAAAUAAUUCUAGUGAGGAACAAACAGAACCUGGCGUGGUACGAAAAAUCGUCAAUAGUGAACAACCAUUAAUUAAUGAAAUUGUCAAACCUGAAGCUAAAAGCGUUGGCAAGUAUAAAAGAAGAAAAGGCAGAAUACAAGAAAUCUACUUGAAUAGCAAUAAUGACGAAAGUGGAACUGCCACGAGUGAUUUGGACAACGUUGAUGGAUUAACCCCUGAAGAAGUGAAAGCAUUGACAGAUCUUAAUUCUUUAGAUGACUUCAUAAAGGAAGAUCUCUUAAGACAGAAAAUCCAAAAGAUUCAAGGAUUGACCAACUUGCAACAGCUGUCUAAGAACAAGUUGGUCACAAGACUCAUGAUGGGAAAUUAUUACAGAUACGUCAACGAAAAGUUGUUACAGAACAAUAACGGCGAGUUGCCAUUACCGUCUACGCUAAAGCAUCAAAAAUUGGUGCUAAAAAGUGAUCCCAGGGAAGAGCGUGGGGAGGAAAUAGAGAGAGAAGAGGAAAUAGAGUUCGAGCCCUUAGUGGCAUCAGAAAAUGAGUCCGACGAGGACGAAGUUAUGCUCACGGAGCAGGAUACUGUACCCUCGUACCACGAUCUGGAGCAGACUAUCCUCGGCUGCCAGCACUACCAGAGAAAUUGCAAAUUGGAGUGUCCUACCUGUCUCAAGUGGUAUCCUUGUCGGUUCUGCCAUGAUGCUGUUGAGUCCCACAAGUUGGUCCGGUCAGAUGUUAAACAUAUUCUUUGCAUGAAGUGUAACACGCCACAGGUUCCCGACUCGCCCUAUUGUAUCAACUGUGAGCAAGAGUUGGCCAACUACUUCUGCUCCAAGUGCGUGUUGUAUGAUAAUGACACCACCAAGGAUAUCUACCACUGUGACAAGUGUGGGAUCUGUCGAUUGGGGCUUGGGCUCGACAAGGACUACUUCCAUUGCGACGAAUGCAACAACUGUCUCUCAAUUGAUUUGCGGGAAAACCACAAAUGCUUGACCAACACCACACACUGUGACUGUCCCAUCUGCAACGAGUAUCUCUUCACCUCGGUGCACAAGGUGGUAUUCAUGAAAUGCGGACACUCCAUCCACCAGCACUGCUACGACGAAUUGAUCAAGCAUUCCUACAAGUGUCCGCUCUGUAAGAAAACAGUGGUGAACGCGGAGACUCAGUUCCGGAUCUUGGACCAGGAGAUUUUGCAGUCACCGUUACCUGCUCCCUACAGCAACUGGCGGUGCAUCGUGGGAUGCAACGACUGUAAGGGAAAGUCGAACGUGGGGUAUCAUGUGCUCGGGUUGAAGUGUAAGUACUGCAAGAGUUACAACACCAACCAGCUCAGAUUAAUUAAGCCCGAGGAGGAGGAUGACGAAAAUACCCCUGCGGCACCCGAGAUUGAGCAGGCAGGCUUCGACAUGCACUUGAUGAGACUAGCCCAGACGAAUUUGCUGAACAAUUUCCACAUCGACGACCAGCACGACGAGGACGAGGAGAACUAUGGAGAUGUGGAGCGAGACGACGACGAUGACGACGACGACGAAGGUAACGACGACGAUAUCAUCGAUCUCCGCAAGUUGACCCAAUCGGACCAGUCGAAUCUCUCGUAUAUCAGACUGGUGUUCCAGAAUUUCAUUAAUAAUACUGUGAGCUAACUGGACAGCACCAUGAGAGCCCAAACUGAUAAUACCGUGCAGACUAUUAGCACGGUGGUCCCAAACUAAUACUACCGAUAUUGGGACCAUUUAUAGCAUGGCACAGCCAACUAAUAAUUACGAUAUGAUACGAGUUCA